ACUUCCUUGUUUGUCUGACUGAUUUUCUCUGCCUCCCUCUCCUCAGACUGACAAUGGCUGAAGCCCAGCUGUGUGGAUUACAGGACGAGUUCACCUGCUCGGUUUGUCAGGACACCCUGACUGACCCCGUCACCAUCCUCUGUGGUCAUAAUUUUUGUCUGAAGUGCCUCACGGACUGCUGGGAUCAGAGCCAAGAGUGCAGCUGUCCUCAGUGCAGACACACCUUCACCACAAGGCCUGAGCUGAACAGAAACACUCUGCUGAAUGAAGUCAUCAAGAAAUUAAAGAAGACGGCACUCAGUUCUCCUCCAUCUCAGAAUUAUGCCGGCCCUGGAGACGUGGAGUGCGACUUCUGUACUGGGAAGAAGUUAAGAGCAGAGAAGUCCUGUCUAACCUGCAUGGCCUCAUACUGUGAGGCUCACCUGCAGCCUCACUAUGAAGGAGACGCCCUGCAGCACCACAAGCUGGUUGAUUCUGAUAGAAAUCUGAAGGAGAAACUCUGUGAGAAACAUCAGAAGAGUCUGGAGAUGUUUUGUAAAACUGAUGAGAUGUGUAUCUGCUUGAUGUGUGUGGUGACUGAACAUGAUGGUCAUGAAAAGGUCACGCUGGAGACAGAAAGAGAAGAAAAAGAGAAACAGCUGGGGGCGACACUGAGUGACAUCAAGAGGAGACUUGAGGAGAGAGAGAAGACACUGAAGCAGGCGAGGAGGGCGAUGGAGGAGAUGAAGGUGAGUGGAAUAGGAAGACAACACUUCACAUCAAAGAGGGGAGAAUAAAUGAGAACUUGAAGAGCAGCAAAGCUUCACUGGUGAUGAUGAGUAGGGACACGAGAAGGGAGAGUUAGAGAAGACGUGUUGUGGUGUCCUUCAUGGCCUUUCACUGUUGACAGAAUCCCAGGUGUUACUCAGUGGAGAUUCAGACAGCAUCACCCUAAAGUCCUCUGAUAUUCCAUCAGCUGCUUAAAGGGGACUUAACUCUACUGACAGAAACUCACACUGAAGGUUGAUGCUGAUGUUCUGAAUUAGAUCAGCGGGCACAACGUUCAUUAAUGGUUAAUUUUUUGUUAAUUGUUUCAAGAAAGUAGCAUUGCAUGCAAUCAAGUUCAACAUAUACAUGAAAUGACUUUAAAAGUCAAACUCAAUAAUAAUAAUAA